AUGAUUAGGACUGUCAAGCUGGACAACAAGCCACUUUGCAUGGUAAAAAACAGCGGCAAAGUGUACAUUGGGGAUGCAAGAGGAUGCAUCUACGAAAUUUCUCAUCCAUUCAUGAAAAUAAAGCACAUAUUUACAGCAUCGGGACCGGUUUCUGCAAUUUGCUUCUUCGGCAGCAAAAUGUUCUGUGGCACGUGGGAUGGUGUGGUGUACCAGGAUUUGAGACAGUUGAAAUUAGGUGAGAAGCCAGUGAAGUGCAUGUGCUCAUUCAACAACAAACUGUUCGUUUCAGUGGAUAAAAGACUUGUGGUAUUAGAUGAAAAUUUGAGCAUUAUUGAGAAAUAUGACACGAGCAAUAAAAUAUUUUGUAUGGAAGAAAAAAAUGGAAGAUUAUACUUGGGUUUGGGAGCAGGACUGCUUGCAUCGUAUAUGGGUGAAUAUGAGGGCGAAAACAAAUCUUCUCAUAGCUCUACAAUUCUUUGCAUGAGGAAUGGGAUUACAGGAUCCUGUGACUGCACAGUUAGAAAAAAUGAUGAAAUAGCAUUUGAGGGGAGCUCGUGGAUAAGGAGCAUAUGGGAUGGCAAUCUUUUUUCGUGUGGAAGGCAUGUGAUAUGCAACAAUGAGAAAAUAUACACUCACGAUGAUGAGGUAGUGGGUCUACUGAGAAUCAAUAAUUUCAUUAUAUCGAUAGGAUUAGAUUUUUGCUAUAAAAUAUACGAAAGUGGUGUGGCUAUAGAUGAGCAUGAAGAAAAAGAGCUUUUAGAAAUCUUGAAUUCCUAA